AUGGCGAAGACAGGUUGGGUUUUGGUGAUAUCUUGUGUCUUUGGCCUUGUGGCCUCUCAGAACUGUCCAGACCAGAGUCCCCAGCUUUCAAAAUGGUCAGAUAAUGCAACAUGGAAUGAACAGCCCCCACAAGAGGGAGACGCCCUGGUCAUAGAGAGCGGCGACAGUAUUCUAUUGGAUACCUCACCUCCUCGCCUCGACUCCAUCACCAUAAAAUCUGGCGGGAAACUCGUGGUGGCUGACGGGAAGGAUAUAAGUCUGAUUGUGAAGUACAUUUUGAUCAACGGAGAGAUGCACGUUGGAUCAGAAGACUGUCCGUUCACAGGGAAACUUCACAUAACACUGGAGGGUAACCUGGGAGAAUAUUCCGUGGCGGGUUUUGGAGAGAAGUUUAUUGGUGUGGCGUCUGGCGGAGUCCUGGAAGUCCACGGUGAAUAUCGCCUCCCCUGGACAAAACUAACAAGCAAUGUCAAUAAAGUCGACUACAUUUCCAACGUAAAGAAUAUAGACAUGUCGCAGAACAAUGCAGACAACAAUGAUGAUAAUGACGACGACGAUGAAACCGAUGAUAACGAUGGCAACAAAGGCCAAAACAUUCGGGCACUUGUGAUUUACGUCUUUAAUGAAGGGACAGGAGUUCUGGAAUCAGCAGCGGAGUUAGUGCACACGAAAGGAAAAGCAAGAGAUUUCCCCAAUACCGUCGCAAACGCCAAACAAAUACUUGAUGAUAUCCCUCCUGGAAAAAUAAUUGGACUAGCAUUGAAGAGACGUUUCAGGGUGGAACGAGUGGACCCGUCCGGACUGUUUGACAUGCUGGAGGAAUGGGCCUACGGAGCAGUGGAUAAUACUUCACUGAAGUUCAGAGACUACAAGUUCCACGGAGCUUGGUCACUUAUCAAAAAACAAGGGGACAAUCCCUCUACACAGGAACUUCUGAAUGACGAUGGUAAAAUGGUACGCAUAGCAGAACUUUACCACGAAGAGAACGGAAUCAAGUUUGGUGUCCGUAGCUGGGUCCACACGAUAAGAAGAGGACAGUGUUACUCUAGAGGGAAGUCUAGUCUCGCACAGAAUUCUAUACCGGUGCUGCAUCUCGUGGAUGAUACCAACACAUGGCAAACAGGAGAUAAAGUGGUACUACUUUCCACUGAUUUCGAUUGGAAACAGAGGGAAUUCGGGACCAUUGUAGACUGUUCAUCCUGUACCUCAAAGCAAGUUCGAGUGAACAUUGAGCCAAAAUUUGUGCAUUUCGGAGAAAUUUACAAAAACGUGGACAUGCGCGGUGAGGUUGCCCUGAUGAAUCGAAACAUCGUAAUAGAAGGAGGAGCUGCCGCGGGUAAAAAACAAAUGGGAGGACACGUAAAGUUUCUGAAAGGCUUCAAGACGGUGCAGGUGAAAAAUGUGGAAUUAACGAACAUGGGACAACAGACCUCUCUAGGAAACUACCCUCUCCACUUCCACAUGUGUGGAGAUGUGGAUGACAGAUCAAAGCCGUCCUUACUAAGUGGAAACAGUAUCCACAAUUCAUUUGCUCGUUGUAUUACUGUACACGGUAGUCACGGCGCACAGGUUAAAGAUAACUUCUGUUUGAAUACUCUUGGUCAUGGCUACUUUUUGGAAGAUGGUGGCGAGAAAAGAACGGUAUUAGAAGGCAAUUUGGGAGCUGGACAGAAGAGGAGUAAACUCAUAAAAUCCGACAAGUUACCUACAACUUUCUGGAUUACAAAUCCCCAGACUUUUGUACGAAACAACGUCGCCGCAGGAAGUGAGGGUCACGGGUUUUGGUUCGUUUAUCCUAACACACCUCUAGGUCCCUCCAAGGAUUUAAACUUCAUGGACAAGUUCGAAGCCAUGCACACAGCGAUUUUUGAAUUCGAUAACAACGUUGCUCAUUCCAACGUGAUGAGUGGUUUAUUCAUCGACAAUAUCUUGAACACUGAUGGCAGUCUGGGAACAACCAACAAGUACGAACCUUGGGUGGAUCCAAAGGAUUCUAAAUCUGGGGCCAAAAUGGUGACGAUUAGCAAACUCACAGCGUACAAAAACAUGAAACAAAAUGCAUGGAUUAAUGGUGGAUACAUCAAAGUCACUCAAUCUUCAUUCUCAGACAGCGUCAUCGGAUUAACAUUCAAAAGGAGUUCCCCACAGGAGCAAUACAUCGAAGACAGUGUUUUUGUCGGAGAUUCACCUAACAUCGGGACUCCCACGGUGAUAGGGAGUGGAAAUUCAUUCAAAACAUACCCACGGUCUGUGCCUUUGGAAUUUGCCGACCAACCUCGUCAAGGUUUCGUGUUUUACCAUGGCCCUGUGUAUGUUUCUGACACGUGGUUUGGGGACUUCGCCGACACAGACAACUACAAAUCCGGUGCUCUGGGUUUUCAGCGAGAUAACGAUGGUCACAGUUCACCAAUCAGCGCGGUCGAUGGACUCAAGUUCGGAUUUGCAGACCCAUCCGAGGGUAACCGAGUAUUUGAUGGAAACGCUACAGACAAUGGCUUCUCUGGUCUGGAUGGAGAUUUGAUUGGUACCUUCCGAGAUGCAGAUGGGUCGGUUUACAGCGCAAACGCUCAAAUUGUUAAAGACCUCCCUUUCCAUAUGACACCCAAUUGUUUGCAAAGAAAUAACUGGAAAAUGAUGCCAUGUGGAGAUGAAUUUGGCCAGGUGCGUCUAUCGUGGUUGGCAAAGAAAACGGUUGCCAAAGAUGUUUCCAUUUAUAGAGACGAUCUUCCUGACAACCCCAUUCAGUCAGAUGCCAAAAAACAGGCCCCUUUUAUGGUCAUUUUAGGCGGCCAAUACAGCUAUUUGGCGAAACUAAACGGAAACUUACCGACGUCCGUAAAAUUCUCAGGGCUUGGCUUCACUAAAACAAAAUUUACACGUGUCGGACUCUGUGUGCCCAGAGAUUCUACAAUUCGUGUGAAAUUCUUGGGACUCGCAGCAAGUGGUAAAUGGGGACAAUGGAAGAAAGGAAAGGCCUUGACCACUAUUGAGGACCUUAAUAACAGUACAAAUCCCACAGAUUACUUUGUAGAUUCAGACGCCGGGGCUGUCUUUUUCAAACUCAUGCAUGUUCGAGAGUAUGGCGAUUCUGAUGUGAUUGAUUGUCUCGACCGAAAAUGUCCGACUGCUGUAGUAACGAUGAUUGGUGGCGAUAAAACAGACUCCGACUGUACCUCCCGAGCAUAUCCAAAAUACAAGAGGGAUCCCAUUGACGAAUCUGACGACACGGAAGUUACGUCUUUACCUGCAGAUGACUUGUUUCCACCCGCAAGCUGGGGAGCUGGGUCCACCCGAGAUUAAUUACCAAAGGAAAACACAUCUUAACAAUACUAUAUUUGUUUCAAGCUUAAUAAACGAGCAUUUUACUUU